GUAAAACAUCAACAACCGUGUAUACUACGAGUGCCACCGAGUUUGUCGAAGUUGUUCACGUAUAUCGCUAUACCUGUGCGGUCAAAUCUUGUGCUGAUUUCGCUGAAAAUGUACUACUUUCGACUCUUCGUCCUGUGAAAGUGUAAGAUUGACGCUCGGGGUGCAAGGGAGGACUCCCGAAAAAGUGAGGUCCAACUGGAGUAAUUCAAAAUGUUUUGGAGUCAUUGACAGUUAAUAACCAAGAGCAACAGACUGAGUUAAUGAAUUGCCGCCACAAUGGUCAUCGUAACAAGGGGCGAUUACAUAUGGAUAGAGCCAAUCUCAGGAGACGAAUUCGAUGUGGCCAUAGGGGCAAGGGUGAUAUCGACAGAGGGCCGGAGGAUCCUGGUCCGAGAUGAUGAUGGCGUGGAACAAUGGUUAUCUCCCGACAGGAGGAUAAAAGCCAUGCAUUCCACUUCAAUCCAUGGAGUGGAGGAUAUGAUCGGAUUGGGUGAUCUUAGAGGAGAGGCUGGUAUACUCAGGAACCUUUUGAUCAGAUACGCUGAGAACUUGAUAUAUACCUACACCGGAUCCAUCCUGAUAGCUGUGAACCCAUACCAAAUACUCCCAAUUUACACUGCAGAUCAAAUAAAAUUGUACAGGGAAAGAAAGAUAGGAGAACUGCCACCACACAUUUUCGCCAUAGGCGACAACUGCUACGGCAACAUGAGAAGAUACAGGCAGGACCAGUGUAUAGUAAUUUCCGGUGAAUCGGGAGCAGGAAAAACGGAAAGCACAAAGCUGAUUUUGCAGUACCUUGCUGCCAUAAGCGGUAAGCACAGCUGGAUCGAACAGCAGAUCCUGGAGGCCAACCCCAUCCUGGAAGCUUUCGGAAACGCCAAGACAGUCAGAAAUGAUAACAGCUCCAGGUUCGGAAAAUACAUAGACAUACACUUCAACACCAGUGGCGUCAUAGAGGGUGCCAAGAUCGAGCAGUAUCUCUUGGAGAAGAGCAGGAUUGUGUCGCAGAAUCCGGAUGAGAGGAACUACCACAUCUUCUACUGUGUACUGGCGGGUUUGGGUAGAGAUGAGAAGAUGAAGUUGGAGCUUGGAGAUGCACAGCAGUAUAGAUAUCUCACGGGGGGAGGUUCCAUAACUUGCGAAGGAAGAGAUGACGCUGCAGAAUUCGCCGACAUCAGGAGUGCCAUGAAAGUCCUUCUAUUCUCAGAUCAAGAAAUAUGGGAGAUCCUCAAACUCUUAGCCGCCAUACUUCACAUCGGCAAUAUCAAGUAUCGAGCGACAGUGGUAGAUAAUUUGGACGCUACUGAAAUACCAGACCCUACAAACGUCCAUAGAGUAGCCCAUCUUUUGGAAGUUCCACCGCAACCACUUAUCGACGCCUUAACCCAAAGAACCCUCUUUGCGCAUGGGGAAACAGUUGUGUCCACCCUAUCCAGGGACCAAAGCGUGGACGUUAGGGACGCCUUCGUGAAGGGUAUAUACGGUAGACUCUUCAUCCUGAUUGUCAAGAAGAUCAACACUGCCAUCUACAAGUCCAAAGAGCGCCAACGCACUUCCAUAGGUGUAUUGGACAUUUUUGGCUUCGAGAACUUCACACACAACAGUUUCGAGCAGUUCUGCAUCAACUUUGCCAACGAGAAUUUGCAACAGUUCUUUGUCCAGCAUAUUUUCAAGCUCGAACAGGAAGAAUACAAUUUGGAGGCCAUCAAUUGGCAGCAUAUCGAGUUCGUCGAUAACCAAGACGCCCUGGAUCUGAUAGCGAUAAAACAGUUGAAUAUAAUGGCUCUGAUAGACGAGGAAAGUAAAUUCCCCAAAGGAACAGAUCAGACGAUGUUGGCGAAACUGCAUAAGACACAUGGGAGCCACAGGAACUAUCUGAAGCCGAAAUCAGAUAUAAACACUUCGUUCGGACUGAACCAUUUCGCAGGAGUAGUAUUCUACGACACCAGAGGUUUCUUAGAGAAGAACAGAGAUACCUUCAGCGGAGAUUUACUCCAGUUGAUCACCAUAUCCAGAAAUAAGUUCUUGCAACAGAUUUUCGCCGGUGAUAUAGGCAUGGGAUCGGAAACUAGAAAAAGGGCGCCAACGUUAUCGACCCAGUUCAAGAAAAGUUUGGAUUCCCUCAUGAGAACGUUAUCGAAUUGUCAACCGUUCUUCAUCCGUUGCAUAAAACCAAACGAAAACAAGAAACCUAUGCAGUUCGACAGGAAUCUUUGUUGCAGGCAGCUGAGGUACUCCGGCAUGAUGGAAACCAUUAGAAUUCGAAGAGCAGGAUACCCGAUAAGACAUGCGUUCCGUGAUUUCGUUGAACGUUAUAGGUUCUUAAUUUCUGGGGUACCUCCAGCACAUCGGACAGACUGCAGAGCAGCAACUUCGAAAAUAUGUGCUGUUGUGUUGGGGAAAUCCGACUACCAGUUGGGUCAUACAAAAGUGUUCCUAAAAGACGCCCACGACUUAUUCCUCGAGCAAGAAAGAGAUAGGGUACUCACAAAAAAGAUCUUAAUCCUGCAGAGAUCCAUAAGGGGCUGGGUAUAUCGCCGAAGAUUCCUAAGACUCAAAGCCGCAACAAUCAUAAUCCAGACAUACUGGAAAGGGUAUAUUCAACGACAACGAUACAAAAAGAUGCGAGUGGGAUAUAUGAGAUUCCAAGCGCUAAUCAGAGCCAGGGUUUUAUCGCAUCGUUUCAGACAUCUUCGAGGUCACAUCUUAGGCUUACAAGCCCAUUGUAGAGGCUACCUAGUUAGAAGAGAGUACGGUCACAAGAUGUGGGCCAUCAUAAAAAUCCAAUCUCACGUACGGAGAAUGAUAGCGCAGAGAAGAUUCAGAAAGAUCAAAUACGAAGAAAGGCAUCAUAUCGAAGCGUUGAGGCUGAAGAAGCAAGAGGAAAAAGAACUGAAAAGUGCUGGAAAUAAGCGCGCUAAGGAAAUAGCGGAACAGAACUACAGGGAGAGGAUGUACGAGUUGGAAAGAAAGGAAAUGGAAUUGGAGAUGGAGGACAGAAGGAGGGUCGAAAUCAAGAAGAAUCUCAUCAACGAUGCGGCCAGGAAGGCCGACGAACCUGUCGACGACUCCAAACUGGUUGAGGCCAUGUUCGACUUCUUGCCUGAUAGCAGCAGUGAAACUGCAACACCAGGCUAUACUUCUAACAAACCUAUGCAACUAGAUAUAUCUUCCAGUCCUUUGUUUCAGAGAAGAAAAGGAUUGGAGACCUCCAGCGAUGUAGCUCCACGAACGAAACGUCGCGAAACGUCAGUUUUCAAUGAUUUGCCAUCUCAACCAUCGGAAAACGAAAUAAUAAGUCCAAUGCAUGCAUCAUCCGAUGAUGAAGAAGAUCUAUCUGAAUUCAAAUUCCAAAAAUUCGCUGCCACUUAUUUCCAAGGGAAUGUGGGACAUCAGUAUUCUAGGAAACCACUUAAACACCCUCUUUUACCGCUGCAUACGCAAGGAGAUCAAUUGGCCGCUCAAGCGCUUUGGAUAACCAUUCUUCGUUUCACCGGUGAUCUUCCUGAACCACGAUACCACACAAUGGAACGAGACAACACAUCCGUGAUGUCCAAGGUAACAGCGACUUUGGGUCGUAACUUCAUACGGAGCAAAGAGUUUCAAGAAGCCCAGAUGAUGGGCAUGGAGCCAGAGUCAUUCCUGAAGCAGAAACCAAGGUCUAUCAGAAACAAACUAGUCUCGCUAACCUUGAAAAGGAAAAAUAAGUUGGGGGAGGACGUUCGAAGGAAACUCCAAGAUGAGGAGUACACCGCUGAUAGUUACCAGAGCUGGUUAGAAUCACGACCAACAUCAAACUUAGAGAAGCUGCAUUUCGUGAUCGGGCAUGGUAUUUUAAGAGCAGAAUUAAGGGAUGAAAUAUACUGUCAAAUUUGUAAACAAUUGACGAAUAACCCUUCGAAGUCUUCUCAUGCUAGAGGAUGGAUACUGCUCUCCUUAUGUGUUGGUUGCUUUGCCCCAUCUGAAAAAUUCGUCAACUAUCUUCGUGCCUUCAUCAGAGAAGGUCCGCCAGGUUACGCGCCAUAUUGCGAAGACAGAUUGAAGAGAACCUUCAAUAAUGGCACAAGAAACCAGCCACCAAGUUGGUUAGAAUUACAGGCAACUAAAUCGAAAAAACCAAUAAUGCUACCGAUAACAUUCAUGGAUGGUAAUACGAAGACUCUACUUGCAGAUUCGGCCACAACAGCAAGAGAACUCUGCAACCAACUAUCCGACAAAAUUGGUUUGAAAGACCAGUUUGGAUUUUCCUUGUACAUAGCCUUGUUCGACAAAGUUUCCUCGCUCGGAAGUGGCGGAGAUCAUGUGAUGGACGCAAUCUCGCAAUGCGAGCAAUAUGCGAAAGAGCAAGGUGCGCAAGAACGUAAUGCUCCUUGGAGGUUGUUCUUCAGGAAGGAGAUAUUCGCUCCGUGGCACGAACCUGGUGAAGACCAAGUCGCAACGAAUCUUAUUUACCAGCAGGUUGUACGAGGAGUUAAAUUUGGGGAAUAUAGGUGCGAUAAAGAAGAAGAUUUAGCUAUGAUAGCUGCGCAGCAAUAUUAUGUGGAGUAUGGACCAGAUAUGAACACUGAAAGACUUCUAACACUUCUUCCUAGUUACAUACCAGAUUAUUGCCUGACUGGGGUAGAAAAAGCGAUAGAUCGUUGGGCCACAUUGGUUGCGCAGGCAUACCGAAAGAGUUACUACGUAAAAGAAAAGGCUGAAUCCUUACGUGUGAAAGAAGACGUAGUCAGCUACGCCAAAUUUAAGUGGCCCCUUCUGUUUUCUCGCUUCUAUGAAGCUUAUAGAAAUUCUGGCCCUAAUUUACCCAAGAACGACGUGAUAAUAGCGGUGAAUUGGACGGGCGUAUACGUGGUCGAUGACCAGGAACAAGUACUUCUUGAAUUAUCAUUUCCCGAAAUAACUUCCGUAGCUAGUCAUAAAACCAACAAGGUUUUCACGCAAACAUUCAGUUUGAGUACCGUGAGAGGCGAUGAGUUUACGUUCCAAAGUCCAAAUGCUGAAGAUAUAAGGGAUUUGGUGGUUUAUUUCCUAGAGGGUCUCAAAAAGAGGUCGAAGUUCGUCAUAGCCUUACAGGAUUAUAGGGCGCCUGGAGAGGGUUCUAGUUUCCUGACUUUCCUAAAAGGAGACUUGAUAAUUUUAGAAGAGGAUAGUACAGGAGAGACAGUAUUGAAUUCUGGAUGGUGCGUUGGAAGGUGCGAGCGAACGCAAGAAAAAGGCGAUUUUCCAGCUGAGACGGUUUAUGUCUUGCCCUGUAUGUCCAAGCCUCCGAAAGAGAUCUUGAUGCUAUUUUCUGCAGAAGGUGCUGAGCAUGGGAGGUAUCUUAGCAGACAAUACUCAAUGAACGGUCUAGAUAACAGAGAGAACAGACCUCAUACACUAGCAGAAUAUUCCAUAGACCACUUCAGGCCUCCCAUGAAAAGGACGAUGUCGAAAGCUUUGACUUUAACAUCAGGACGUAGAGGAGGUGGGGCCGAUGACCUAUGGAGACACAGUAGGGAGCCAAUAAAACAACCUCUACUGAAGAAAUUACUCAGUAAGGAGGAAUUGGCUGAAGAGGCAUGUUUCGCUUUCACAGCUAUCUUGAAAUAUAUGGGAGAUUUGCCUUCGAAAAGACCUAGAUUGGGAAACGAGUAUACCGAUCACAUAUUCGAUGGUCCACUGAAACAUGAGAUACUAAGGGAUGAAAUUUACUGCCAGAUAAUGAAGCAGCUAACCGAAAAUCGAAAUAGAUUAUCUGAAGAACGUGGUUGGGAACUUAUGUGGUUAGCAGCCGGACUGUUCACAUGCUCACAAAACCUGCUCAAGGAACUUACUGCAUUUCUGCGCAGUAGACGUCAUCCAAUAGCCCAAGAUUCAUUGCAAAGGCUCCAGAAAACGCUCCGAAACGGCCAAAGAAAAUAUCCCCCGCAUCAGGUGGAAGUCGAAGCCAUCCAACACAAAACAACGCAGAUAUUUCACAAGGUUUACUUCCCGGACGAUACCGAUGAAGCGUUCGAAGUCGAUUCCAGCACCCGGGCUAAGGAUUUCUGCCAGAACAUUAGCCAGAGGUUGAGUUUGAGGUCCAGCGAAGGUUUCAGCUUGUUCGUGAAGAUAGCGGAUAAGGUGAUAUCCGUCCCUGAAGGCGACUUCUUCUUCGACUUUGUCAGGCAUUUGACCGAUUGGAUCAGGAAGGCUAGGCCAACGAGAGACGGGAUAACGCCACAGUUUUCGUAUCAAGUUUUCUUCAUGAAGAAACUAUGGACUAACACUGUGCCUGGAAAGGAUAGGAAUGCUGACCUCAUAUUUCACUUUCAUCAAGAACUACCUAAGUUAGUGAGGGGUUAUCAUAAGUGUUCUAAAGAAGAAGCUGUAAAAUUGGCAGCUUUGGUGUACAGGGUUAGAUUUGGAGAGAGCAAACAAGAACUGCAAGCUAUACCUCAAAUGCUCAGAGAGCUCAUACCCAACGACUUGAUCAAAAUACAAAGUAGUAAUGACUGGAAGCGAUCCAUAGUCCAGGCGUACAAUCAGGAUGCUGGUAUGAGUCCAGAGGAUGCUAAAAUCACCUUCCUCAAGAUUGUAUACAGAUGGCCCACCUUUGGUUCUGCCUUUUUCGAAGUGAAACAAACCACCGAUCCCAAUUAUCCAGAAAUGCUGCUGAUCGCCAUCAACAAACACGGAGUCAGCUUGAUUCAUCCACACACAAAAGAAAUUCUGGUCACCCAUCCUUUCACCCGGAUAUCUAACUGGUCUUCGGGAAACACCUAUUUCCACAUGACCAUAGGAAAUUUAGUCAGAGGAUCGAAACUUCUUUGCGAAACUUCCUUAGGAUAUAAAAUGGACGAUCUGUUAACAUCCUACAUUUCUCUGAUGUUAACAAACAUGAAUAAACAACGUAGCAUUAGGGUCAAAUAAGUACCUAUUUGUUUUCCGUUAUUUUAUCUUUUUCAUUUAUACAAUCAGGUUCUUCGAAAAGUCCAGGGGUUUGUAUACAGUCCGUCCAUUGUUAGUCAAUUAUUACAGUUAGUUUUACUGGUUAUGCGUUAAAUACUCAUGAAUUUAUAUCUGUAUAUGAAGAUUGAGAACCAUAUUUAUUUAAAGAUGUAUAUUUAAAAUAUAAUUAUGAUAAAUUUG